UUUUUAUUCAUUCGCAUAGCAACAUUAGUCACCACGCGAUUUUCUUUCCGAAUUUGCUUGUACUUCUUCUCGAAGAAUUUAAAAGGUUUUCACUUUAGUUUCCAGAAAAGAUACUCGAAAAUGUUUGGUGGUCAACAGCCUAUUUUAGUUUUGAGUCAAAACACAAAACGUGAGUCCGGCCGGAAGGUUCAGCUCGAAAAUAUUAAUGCAGGAAAGACAAUAGCGGACGUAAUCCGAACAUGCCUUGGACCUCAGGCGAUGUUAAAAAUGUUGAUGGACCCCAUGGGUGGCAUCGUGAUGACCAACGAUGGCAAUGCUAUUCUUCGGGAGAUCACUGUACAGCACCCCGCAGCCAAAUCUAUGAUAGAAAUAGCGAGAACACAAGAUGAAGAGGUUGGUGACGGAACCACAUCGGUAAUAGUCCUGGCCGGAGAAAUGCUGGCCGUGGCCGAGCAGUUCCUGACCCAGAACAUCCACCCCACAGUCAUCAUCAGGGAGUACCGGCAGGCCCUGGAGGAUGCCAUCAAACUACUGGAGGAGAAGAUCUCUAUCCCCAUUGACAUGAAUGACAAGGAAAAGAUGAAGGAUGUUAUCCGUUCAUGUGUAGGCACCAAGUACAUUGGGCGUUGGGCCGACCUGGCUGUCGACAUUGCCUUGGAUGCAGUCAACACUGUCAUGGUCAACGAGAAUGGCAGGGUGGAGGUUGAUAUUAAGAACUAUGCCAAAGUAGAGAAGAUCCCCGGCGGCACGGUGGAGGAGUCCCGCGUCCUGAACGGCGUGAUGAUCAACAAGGACGUGACGCACCCCAAGAUGAGGCGCUACAUCGAGAACCCGCGCAUCGUGCUGCUCGACUGUCCCCUUGAGUACAAGAAAGGAGAGAGCCAGACCAACAUCGAGAUUGUAGGAGAACAGGACUUCACAAAGCUACUCCAACUGGAAGAGGAGCACGUGCAGCGCCAGUGCGAGGACAUCAUUGCGCUGAAGCCCGACAUCGUGUUCACGGAGAAGGGCGUCUCCGACCUGGCGCAGCACUACCUGGUCAAGGCCGGCAUCACCGCCAUCCGCAGAUUGCGCAAGACGGACAACAACCGGCUGGCGCGCGCGUGCGGCGCCACCAUCGUGAACCGCACCGAGGAGCUGCGCGAGGCCGACGUGGGCACCGCCGCCGGCAAGUUCGAGGUCAAGAAGAUCGGCGACGACUACUUCUCUUUCAUCACAGAGUGCAAGAACCCCAAGGCGUGCACGAUCCUCCUCCGCGGUGCUUCCAAGGACGUGUUGAAUGAAAUCGAGAGGAACCUCCAGGACGCUCUUCAUGUCGCUAAGAAUUUGGUGCUGAGCCCUCGGCUGGUGGCGGGCGGCGGCGCGGUGGAGAUGGCGGUGUCGCACGCGCUGGCCGCCAACGCCGCGCACAACACGCCCUACCGCGCCGUGGCGCAGGCGCUAGAGAUCAUUCCCCGCACGCUCGCUCAGAACUGCGGCGCUAACACCAUCCGCACGCUGACCGCGCUGCGCGCGCAGCAUGCUGCUGGUAGCAGCACGGCCGGCAUCGACGGCGAGACUGGAGCCAUUGUAGACAUGGCCGCCAAGGGCAUCUGGGAACCUCUCGCCGUCAAACUGCAGGUGUACAAGACGGCGGUGGAAACAGCCAUUUUGCUGCUGCGGAUCGACGACAUCGUGUCGGGCUCCAAGAAGAAGGCCAACGACCCCGCCGCGCCGCCCGCACCCUCCGCCAUGGCUGCCGGCGCCGAGUAACACACGAACAAACACAAGUUUACACCUAGCUAG